CCGGUGAGUUGUAGAGAUUCCGAAUCGCUCUCCGGCUUCCCGAAAAGGCUGAUCUCGAUUUUCGGGCGAGAGACGCAAGCCGAGCGAAGGAAUCCGUCCUCUUCCUCCUCCACCCGCGAGCUGCGAGGGGCGCCAGAAGAUCCUCUCCUGAAUUUUGGCGGAGUUCGAAGAAGUUUUUUCCCGCGGCGCCGCGUCAGCCGCGGAGGAAGGCAAAGGGGAGGAGGAGAAAAUCGGAUGGUCCGGAAAAAGGGGAGGAGGAAAAGAUCGGACGGUCCGGAGCAAAACCAGAGGCUGCCGAUCCGACCUGCCCGUCUCCCGAGUACCGGCUCCGCGCGAUCAUAGUCGCGGACGCUUGGCCAAACGUCCAGGAUGGCGAAGCUGGGGGUGGCCCUGCGCAGCAACAGCCUCACCUUACCCCAAAUCAGCUGCAUCCCUGACAUGUCCGGAAAAAACCGAAAGAGCAAAAGGAAGAUGUCAGAGCAGAAAAAAUCUUACAGCCUGGAAGAGUUUGUCGCCGAGGAUCUCCGAAAUAAACACAAUGCACUUUUGACUCGAUCCAAAACAUACGAUGCGUCUGUCUCCAAAGAGGUUGAGAAGGAAACAGUUUCUAUCCAGAAAAGGACUUCUGUCUCUGAUCUGGUGAAACAUGCCACGAAUUUCCGCCGCGUCUUCAAAGACCUCUCUGAAGAGGAGGACCUCCUGGAAACAUUUUCAUGUGCCUGGCAACGAGAGAUGCCUUAUUAUGGCCGCCUCUACGUCAAGAACAGUCAUAUCUGCUUCUACUGUAGCGUGCUUCGACGGGAAGUUAAGGUUAUCAUUCCGGUGCUGAAAAUCAGUGUCCUAAAGAAGGCCAACACAGCCUUGUUGGUACCCAACGCCAUUUGCAUCCGUACGACUGAAGGGGAGAAGUUUCUGUUUGGCUCCAUCUGGUCACGGGAGAAUGCCUACCAGCUCCUCCGCUCUGUUUGUAAACAUCUUGAGGACAGCAGUCAGAAUAGCAGUCUAAGUGCACCUUUCAUCAGCUCAGACCAUCUCCUGAAGGUACCCGUGAACUCUCAGGAAUCCGAUGCAAAUUACAACUUUCCAGAAAAAACAGAUGUGGCAGACAGGAUCCAGAUACCCUAUGAAACCUCUUGCGAGCAGCAACAGCAGGUGACAAAACAGCAAAAGGCAGGGCAGACGGUGAAGUCAGUAGGAAACCGGAGGACUGCACUGUGCCAUUUCAACACAGUUAUAAUCAUCUACCUCUUUUUGGUCGUUCUCCUACUUUGUUCUUCGGGGUACAUUGGUCUGCGUAUCAUCCAGCUGGAAGAACAGCUGACUUCCAUGGGGGCUUGGCCUGAACCGGACCUUCAGCAUCAAUAUAAAGGAAGCUGAAAAACAAUCGUGUUCCAGGCAUCUAUGGAAGGUGAUGCUUAAACUGAAAUUUCUGUGACUGUUGUCUGCAACUGAUCAAAACUUAAAGGAGAUACAGAGCUUUCCUCAACGACGCAAGACCUACAACAUUGAUUCUGUUCGAGGUUAUUAUUUUUUCAACUUCUCUGGAAAUAGAGGGAGGUUUCCUCCCCAAGAAGUAAAGAAUGUAGAAAGAUGACUUUUAAAGGGUGCAUGAGCACCAUGCAAGAUUUGGAGACACCGUGGAUCUUUCAUGUGCCUUGAAAAGCCAAAAUUUAGUAACUUUUUUACUCCUAACUUUUCCGUGUAAGAGAAAGUGGGAAAGUUGAAAUACCUCUCUUAGUUUUUGUGUGGAAAAAAAACCUACCUUUCCGUCUUCCUCCUCUUUUUAAAGGCCAGGGAAGGUAUGUUUUAUCAUCUUGCACCCACAUCAUAUUUUUG